UAUUAUAAUUUUAAAUUAAAAUAAUGGGAUGUGCCUGCUGUGCUGUUAGCCACAUCAAGGGAUCCAAAUCCCUGAGUUUUUACCGGGAUUAAUAUAUCUACAAGUGUGGUAUGGAUGGACAAAUAGUUUCACUAAAAGAUAAGCGAAUCAGAAUCGAUUGGUAAUUAAUCGAUUAACUGCUAAUCAAUGAUUGCAAUGUUUUAUGUGAUAUCCAUAACGUGAUUAAUUGGUUACCACUUACCAGGUUUGCGUUUUUUUUAGUUAAUAGAUGGAUCAAUUUGUUUAAUAACAGAUCAAACAAUUUACCAACCAAUAAAGUAUGGUAAAUUUGAAAUGAGUUGAUUGCUUUCAUACCAGAAUCUGACAUAGACUGAGGGAUAUUUUGACUAUUUUGAUGGGUAGAUGAGAUAUGGCAUGUAUGUAUAUUUGAAAAAAUAUUAGUGAUAUUAAUAUUUAUGAGUAGAUGAGUGGGCCCGGAAUUUUGGAGUUCACAACUCCGACAGGUCUCCACUUGUUGCAUUAUUCCCAUUCAUUUUAGUGUUUCUUUUCAGGUUGUCUAAUUUUACUAAAAAAAGAAAUGGAUUAGGUCACUAUUUGGCUUCACCAAUCACCUGGCCUUUCCUAAAGCAUCUUUAUUCCUAUUCCAUGGUAGAAAACUCACCUAAAAGUAGAAACCCCAAAAUCAUCUCUCAUCAUCCUUUCCAAAUCUAGGGUUUCCAAAUUUGCUCCUUUUCUACACAACAAAAUCCUCUCUCUCUCUCUCUCUCUCUCGAAUUACUGCCACAGAUCUGAGAGAGAACAAAAGUUAUCAAUGGUGAGAGGAAAGACUGAGCUGAAGAGAAUCGAAAACGUGACGAACAGACAGGUUACAUUCUCGAAGAGGAGAAGCAGUCUGUUGAAGAAGGCAUUUGAGCUUUCAGUUCUGUGUGAUGCUGAAGUUGCUCUCAUGGUCUUCUCUUCCACUGGAAAAUUAUGUGAAUUCUCGAGUUCAAGCAGUGGGAUCAAUAAGACCAUAGAAAGAUAUAUGGCAAAUGCGGCCAUUUCAAGUGGGAGCAACAUGGAAGAAAAUCUCAAGCUAAGGACAGAUGAUCAGAGCAGUGAUGAUUUGCUUAAGAAGAUGGAGUUUCUAGAAGAAUAUAAGAGAAGACUCUUGGGAGAGGGUUUAGAUUCUUGUUCAACGGAAGAGUUAGAUCAGCUCGAACAACAGUUAGAACAUAGCUUAAGAAGAAUCAGAGCUACGAAGUACCAGACUAAAUUAUUGAACGAGCAGAUUGAUCAGCUCAAGGAACAGGGGAAGAAACUGACUAGAGAAAACGCAGAGUUAAGGAAGAAGAGUGAGAUGCUGUAUUUGACAGCUGCGCCGCCGCUACCGGUCACGGUGGAAACCGCUUUAUUCAUCGGACCACCUUUCCAAACGCACCGGCAAACGCCAUGAUUAUAUACAUAACAUUCAAAUUUAAAAAAAACUUAGGUGUCACCAAUUAUAAAUAUUGUUAAAAGAACGAAGUUGAACAUAGAAUUGAAGAAUAUAGAGUUGUGGUUGAAAUUGAUGAUUUGUAUUGAGUUGUGUAUUGUUACAACUUGCAAUAUAGUACGUAGUACUCCUUUUACAGGGAGUUUUGGAACUCAUAGUACUGAUUGAUAAUCCAUUUGCACAGAUUUGUUUGAAAUCUAUUUGUAACAAUAAAUCUUUAGUCUCUCGUUGA